AGAGCCCUCAGAGCCCCCGGGCACCCCGCCAGCACCGCCUCGGGCCCUGCCCGCAGCGCCUCGUUCCGCUCUCCCGCCCCCCACAGCGCCCGGGCCCGGAGCCCUCACACCCCUCAAGCACCCCUCGGGCCCUGCCCCGCGCCUUCAAAGGCGCCUCGUUCCGCUCUCUCGCCCCCCACACGCCAUGCGGGGCCGGCCUGUGCCGAGCUGCAGGUACUUCUUGCAGGGCGUGUGUCGGGAGGGCAGCAAGUGCCUCUUCUCCCAUGACCUGGCCACCAGCAAAUCCUCCACCAUCUGCAAGUACUACCAGAAGGGGCAGUGUGCCUACGGCUCCCGCUGCAGGUAUGACCACGUGAGGCUCCCUCCGGCGGGCGGAGCCGCGGCGCCGCCGCCCCCCGCGGCCCCGGGCAGCCCCCGGGCGCCCCCCGAGCCCGGCCCCGCCGCCCCGCGCAGCAGGAGGGAGAAGAGGACGCUGGUGCUGCGGGACAGAAACCUGUGCGGCUCCAGCGAGGAGAAGCAGCGGCCCAGCGGCCCCGGGGCCGGGCCGUGCUGCGGCGGCCCUGGGGACGGCGAGGAGGGCAAGCCCCACUCGUACCUGGAGGCCAUCUGCAGCGGGCUGGAGGAGCCGGGGCCCGGCGGCUGCCCCGGGGCCGGGGAGCAGCUGUGUCCCUACGCCGCCGCCGGCACCUGCCACUUCGGGGAGCGCUGCCUCUACCUGCACGGGGAGCUCUGCGAGAUCUGCGGCCUCCAGGUGCUGCACCCCUUCGACCAGGAGCAGAGGAAGGCCCACGAGAUGAUGUGCAUGGCAACGUUUGAGCACGACAUGGAGACGGCCUUUGCCAUCCAGGCCAGCCAGGACAAGGUGUGCAGCAUCUGCAUGGAGGUGGUGUAUGAGAAACCCUCGGCCUCGGAGAGGAGGUUUGGGAUCCUGUCCAACUGCACCCACACGUACUGCCUGUCCUGCAUCCGCCAGUGGAGAUGUGCCAAGCAGUUUGAGAACCCCAUCAUCAAGUCCUGCCCCGAGUGCCGGGUGAUCUCCGAGUUUGUCAUCCCCAGCGUGUACUGGGUGGAAGAGCAGGAGAAGAAAAAUGAGCUGAUUGAAGCAUUUAAACAGGGAGUGGGGAAAAAGCCCUGCAAGUACUUUGAGCAAGGCAAAGGAACGUGUCCCUUCGGAGGGAAGUGUCUUUACCUCCACGCCUAUCCCGACGGGACCCGAGCAGAGCCUGAGAAACCCAGGAAGCAGCUCAGCUCCGAGGGCACAGUGCGGUUCUUCAACUCCGUGCGCCUGUGGGACUUUAUCGAGGACAGGGAGAGCAGGAGCGCGCCCGGCGCCGACGCCGAGGUCACGGAGCUGGGGGAGCUGUUCAUGCACCUCUCUGGGGCUGAGGAGGAUCCCAGUGCUGCCAGGGAGCACACACAGCCCCUCUGAGCCCAGCACUGCAGCUGCUUACUGGCCAUGCUUUCACUCUCUCCAGCACAGGUAAUUUUUAGCAGUGCUCACUGCACAGUCAGGUCUGGCCUUGGCAGUGGCUGUACCAACAUCAAUUCCCAGUUUCUUGGUAAAACUGGCCCAGCAAAGUCUGACGUCCAGUCAGUGCAAUUGGUCAGCACUAAUUACAAAGCAGAAGGUAAUUAUCCCUAAGAGGGAUGUCACACGCCAAGAUCAAUGUUUCAAGGACACCCAAACACCCUUUCUACCCUAGAGUACUUCCCCAGCCCUCACCCUCCCACUGAAGCUCAUUUCCAUCUGCUCCUGCACAUUAUUUUUUUUUCCCCAGAAAGAAAUACUGUCAGGAGUACACUAAAAAAAAAAAAAAAAAAUCAAUGGAGAGGAUGUUCUUUACCUUAAACAAGACAUUCCUCAUUUACUUUGCCCCAAGAAGCCAUGAGGGAUAGUCUGAAAUUAAAAAGAAAGCUUGUUUCUCAAAGCUGCCCAGGGACUUAAAAUGUCUGAGUUUCUAAUUCCUUCACUCAGCACAUUUCAUUUAACUGGAUGUCAAGUGCUGAUGAAAAUAAACCUACUUAUCAAAAAUACUUAAUUUUUUCAAGAGACACAUGAUCUGCUUUAAAAAUCACGGGUUAAGGGUUUCUUUUGGGAUAUCAGAGUUAAAGUAAAAGCAGCUUACCUCUUCUGGGGUUUUCUUUCUUCCAUGUUUUAAGCUUAUGAUAAUGAAGUGACAAUGAGAGGUAAAUAAUGUUUAGAGACAGUCCAAAUACCAAUAAUCUUGUUAAAAGCCAUGCAGAACUGUAUGGAGACUCAGUUUACCAUUUAGGAAGCAAAGCUUACAGGCAUUCUCAGUUAUCACCCAGGGAUUCAUGUUCUACCCUUGUUCUGUUAUAGACUGUUCUGAGGACAAACUGGAGGUGAUUUCUGUGCCUGGCUCUCCUCCCUUUCACAGGAGCUUUGUGGGUUUUUGCUGCUGCAGAGGAGAGGCUGCAGUGGCCGUUUGGGCAUUCCAGGAGAGCUGCACACAGGGACAGUCACAGUUGCCAGCAAAGGCAGCAGAUCUGCCCAGCAGCUUUGGGGUGGAGGUGCCAGAGGGCACAGCCAGCCCCUGUCCCCACUCCCUGACCCCCAGAAAGGCAAAAUCCCAAACCAGGCUUCCACUCGUGCCCUAAUAACCACAUUUUACCAACUGCUAUUUGAAAAAAUCCAUUUUUAGAUUCAUCCACCUGUUCCUGUCCUCCAUGGAGUUCAGCCAACACAAAAACCUCACUUGCACCUCAAUAAACAAGAGAAAAUUGAGCCAAAGUGGUGCAGGGCAAGAGCCUGAGAGCACAUCAAGGGGGUGUCCAAAGCAGCUGCUGCUCAAAGAUCACUACAGUACAAAAAAAUGUCUUGUCAUGUGACUGGAAAUGUAGAGGUUGUUUUAUCAAGUGUGUUUUUACUUGCACUGCUAUUAUUUAUCAGUUACUUUAAAAAAAAUAUUCAGAAUGUCAUUUCUUGAGUUCUCCAAAUGCAGAUGUCCCACUCAGAACUGUGGAUGACUACAUUAAAAUGAUGACAUUGAAUCUUAAA